AUGGUUAAAAAUUUUGAAUCUCCGAAAAUAAUCUGGUGGAUUAUUGUUCCAACAUGCAUUAUUUAUUUAUUUCUUUUGGUUCAUUGGCCAUAUGCAAUACCUUUUGAUUAUUUGGGAUCAUUUGGUCAAUUAUCAUAUUAUUUAAUAUCAAAUUAUCGUAUUUUACUUUUUCUUAUUCUUUGGUCUACAUUUAUUGCACAUCUUUACGAAGCAUUUGUUGCACGUACUAUUUGUCGACAACUUAAUAUCAAUCAAGAAUCAACUUAUCUAUGGAUAAUUCAAACAUUUAUUUUAGGUUUUCCUUCACUCCGUAUACUUAAAGGAUACACACGUCGAGGAUUAUGGUAG